ACCGAUGGCAAUGUCGGUUUCGACGAUACGUGCCAUUUGUAUUUUGCUGCUUCUAUCAACGUAUACAUUGGCAGAUCUUCCGUCAUGUGCUCGUGCCAAAUGUGUUCAUUGUGCAGUUGACUUCAUCGAUAGAAUGUGUCCAACAGCUUGUGCUGGAUGCAAGACACAGCAGCACCAAUCUAUUCAGGAAGUAAAUGUACAGAGACCACCUCAGCCACCACCAGCGUUCAAUAAUCAGCCACAGUUCGCACAAUCAGUGAAUACUCGCCAGAUCUCAAACGAGGGAGGGCCACAGGUUCAGAGACCACAGGUUCAGCACCAGCAACAAUUCCAGCAACAGGUUCAGGCUCAACAUCAACAACAACAGCCACAAUUCAACAUCCCACUGCAGCCACAUGCUCAGCCAGUUCAAUUCGCUGCUCCAAACUAUCAAGGAAACCAGAUCCCGUACCCACAAGCACAGGCUCCAGCUCAAAUUCAAACCGCCACUCUUGCUCCACUAGUCGAGGCACCAAAGGUCGCAUCUUUCGAUCCAAACUUGAGCCGUCAACCAGCCGAUUUGGCACAGCCACUUCCAGAAUACCAAACCGGGCAAGUACAGUACCCACAACAAGCCGCUCAAAUUCCAUUCGGCCAACAGCCACAGCAAGGAUAUGGGCAACAAGUUGAUAAUAUUUUCAACCAACCGAAUCCAUUCCAACUCCCGACUCCACAACAAGGACAAGGACUAUUCGGAGCUCCAGGAGCCGCUGGAGCCGCUGGAGCACAAUCACAAUCGCAGGCUGCAGCUUUCAAUCCAUUCCAACAAUUCUUGCAGCCAAAUGCAGCACUCGAUCCAUUCAACCUUUUCAACUUGAACGCUAAUCCAUUGACUGUUAACCAGCAAGGCAUCAGCACUCUUCAGACCCAGCAGCAGCAAUACGGACAGGUACAGCAUCAGGGAAAUUACAACAGUCAAAAUUAUAACCAACAACAACCGCAGCAACCACAAAUCCCGCAACUUCCACAACAACAGCAGCAGUACAAUCAGCAAUACAAUCAGCAGUUCAACCCACCAUAUCAGCAGUUCCAACAACCACAACAGCAGCAGUACAACCAACAGCAGCAGCAGCAGACACCACAACAAAACCAAUACAAUCAACAGCAACAAUACGGACAGCAGCCACAGCAGCCCCAACAACCACACCAACAGCAGUACCAGAAUCAGAACAACUAUCUGCCACAGCCGCAGCAACCACAACUCCCAGUUGCUCCACAACAACAGGUACAGCAGCAACGUCCACAGCAGCCACUACCACAGCCAGCCGCUGCAGCUUCAGUUGACUCUAGACCAGUCAACUUUGAGAAGUAUAUCGAUGCAGGAAAGGGAACUCCACUUGCUCCACCACCACAGGCCCAAUGUCCACGCCAACCAGGAUGGCAGCCAUGCAUCACUAAGGACACCGCCAAUGAUCGAUUCCGCAACUGCUGUUCUCGUCUCGGAGAGGGAUGUGCUCCACUUUGUAACUACGAUGCUACCCUUGCUACUAUGCAACUCGCUGUUCUCACUGGACGCUGUCCAUUGGCUAAGGUCGGAGACGUGAUGAUCUGCGCUUCGGGCUACCAAGACGCAUCCCAGUGUUGCGAGGCUUACGGAGUCUUCGAGCCAGGAUACGAGCACUGCCGUCCAUACUGUAACCCAUCGGCCGGUCUUCCAGAAGGCGGACUUCUUACCGAGAAGUACAAGUGUCUCGUCAAACUGUCACACAUUCAACAAUGCUUCUUCGUCUCGCAGAAGCCAUAAGGUGUCAACGGGUGAUCCAUAUGUAUUGCAAUUUAAACCACAUCAAUAAUAAUAAUUUUUCUCUCUUCUCACUCAUUCCCUCAUCUACAACUUUCCUGAAUUCGUGCAAUAGAUUUCAAAAAUUCAAUUCUAAAAUGUGGCACAGUGUGCCAUCACAAUAAAUGAUUUUAAAUAUU